CCACACCAAACUUCACCACUCAUACUCCAUCUUCCUCUUUCAAACCACAACCCUAAUCUCAACCCUUCGUUCGGCUCCAUCUUUUCAUCGGAACCGACUUAGGCCAGAUCUAUCUUCUCUCUCACUCUUUUCCUCCCAUUAGGGUUUGUGUUUGAAUUUCGAAGAUGGUUUCCGACGCUAGCAAGAAGAAAGCUGCUCAGAAGAAAGCCGCCGCCGCCGCUAAACGUGGUGGUAAGGCUGCCGCCGCUGCUUCUUCCAAAGCCGCUGAUAAGGUUGCUGAUAAAAUCAGUGAUAUGAAGAUUUCCGAUCGGACUUGUACUGGUGUUCUUUGUUCUCAUCCUCUUUCUAGAGAUAUUCGGAUAGAGUCUUUAUCGGUUACUUUCCAUGGACAUGAUCUCAUUGUUGAUUCUGAAUUGGAGUUAAAUUAUGGAAGACGUUAUGGUUUACUUGGAUUAAAUGGUUGUGGAAAGUCAACCCUGCUUACUGCAAUAGGAAUGCGGGAACUUCCGAUUCCUGAGCACAUGGAUAUUCAUCACCUUAGCAGGGAAAUUGAAGCCUCUGACAUGUCUGCAUUGGAAGCUGUCAUAACCUGUGAUGAAGAAAGGUUGCAAUUGGAGAAAGAAGCUGAAACUUUGGCUGCUCAGGAUGAUGGAGGUGGUGAAGCCCUUGAACGUAUUUAUGAACGUUUGGACGCCCUAGAUGCAUCAACCGCAGAAAAACGUGCUGCUGAAAUCUUAGAUGGUCUUGGUUUUGACAAGCAGAUGCAGGCAAAGAAGACUCGUGAUUUUUCUGGAGGAUGGAGAAUGAGAAUUUCAUUAGCACGAGCUUUAUUUAUGAACCCCACCAUUCUUCUACUCGAUGAACCAACUAAUCAUCUUGAUUUGGAAGCUUGUGUGUGGCUCGAAGAGAGUUUGAAGAAGUUUGAACGUAUUUUGGUUGUGAUAUCACAUUCCCAGGAUUUCCUUAAUGGUGUCUGCACAAAUAUUAUCCACAUGCAAAGUAAGAAGCUGAAGAUUUACACUGGCAACUAUGAUCAAUAUGUUCAGACCCGUGGUGACUUGGAAGAGAACCAGAUGAAGCAGUACAAGUGGGAACAGGAGCAGAUUGCCAACAUGAAGGAAUAUAUUGCUCGAUUUGGUCAUGGUUCAGCAAAACUAGCUCGCCAGGCACAAAGUAAGGAAAAAACAUUGGCAAAAAUGGAACGAGGUGGACUCACAGAGAAGGUAGUCAGAGAUCAAGUUUUAGUAUUCCGCUUCACUGAUGUGGGAAAACUUCCUCCUCCUGUUCUUCAGUUUUCUGAAGUAAGUUUUGGUUACACUCCUGAGAAUCUCAUCUACAAAAACAUCGACUUUGGGGUUGACUUAGACUCUAGGAUUGCUCUAGUUGGACCGAAUGGUGCUGGAAAGAGUACACUGCUGAAGCUAAUGACAGGUGAUUUGUUUCCUAGUGAUGGCAUGGUCAAGCGUCAUAACCAUCUUCGAAUUGCUCAAUAUCAUCAGCACUUGGCGGAGAAAUUGGACUUGGAUGUGCCUGCCCUUCAGUUUAUGAUGAGUGAAUACCCUGGAAAUGAGGAAGAGAAGAUGAGGGCUGCUAUUGGGAGGUUUGGACUGACAGGUAAAGCCCAGGUGAUGCCUAUGAAGAAUUUGUCUGAUGGGCAAAAGAGUCGAGUAAUCUUUGCAUGGUUAGCUUAUAGACAGCCUCAAUUGCUACUUCUGGAUGAGCCAACUAAUCAUUUGGAUAUUGAGACAAUUGACUCUCUGGCUGAGGCAUUGAAUGAGUGGGAUGGCGGCAUGGUGCUUGUUAGCCACGACUUUAGGCUCAUUAAUCAGGUGGCGCAUGAGAUAUGGGUGUGUGCUGAUCAGAAAGUGACCAGAUGGGAGGGUGACAUUAUGGAUUUCAAGAAGCAUCUGAAGGCGAAGGCAGGGAUAUUGGACUGAAGCUGUUAGUGAUGAGAUAUAGGGAUAGAACUAGGCCAAACCACCACCCUUUGGAGACUUAUGGCCUUGCUUACAUCAGGUUUAUCAAAUAAAUCAGGUUUGCUUUGAUAUUGGCUGUACCAUAUAUUACUAGCUAAGGACUUUUAGUACAACCAAUAUCUUGGUGGGUGCCUCCAUUUUUUGCAAUAUUGGUGAUUGAUUGUUGAGUUCAAUGGCAAAAUUGGAAGUGCUAUCAUUUUUGUUUGGAUUGAGAUAGAUCUUUCACCUUGGUGGAAUUAUAUAUUUUUUUUACCGGUUAUUAUUUGUUGUGUUUAUCAUUUAAUUGCUUGGUUCUUGACCAGCAAGAUGGAUAAUGGGACAUCAUCUGUAGCUAGAUGUGAGCCUAAACUGAACCUUAAAUGUUGCUUAUUCUAUCAUUUUGUUGUACCGACAAUACUAUAUUUAUGAUAUUAGAUAUUAGCGACUAUUAUUAUUAU